AUGAAAAAAAAAGUGAUUGAUGCACUGAAAGAUGAUAAAUAUAUGUUUAACCCAGCUCCUACAUAUAAAAAUGAAAAGGGUACAGAAGACAAGCUAAAAAAGAAAAAACUAAGAGAAAAAAAACAACUCUAAAGAAGAGCUUAAUUGGCUGAGUAUAUAUCUAGUGAUGAUGAUGCUCCAUAAAAUAAGUAACCGAUCUUGGAUCAAGAUGAUUAUGGUGCAUUAGGAGAUUUAGACUAAGAUAUAUUGGGUUAUUUUUAAAUGAAAAGCUAAAAAAUACUUAGUAUGACAUAAAAAAUACCUGAUUAAGUAUGAUUAAUUUUGCUUAUUUAUUAGACUUUUGAUGUAGGAUCUCUGCAUUUAGGAUGUGUUUCAUCUAUAGGUCCAAAUGGAGCUUAUUUAAUUAUUAAUUUUACUAGAAAUAAAAAAGGGUUUGUGGAUUAGCAUAAUCUCAGAGAUAGAAAGGGUGUUAAUGGAGGGGAUUACAGGAUAGGAGAAUAUGUAUUGACUAAAGUUAUAGAAGAACAAAAGAACAAUAAAGUUUAAUUGAGUUUGCAUCCUAAUGUCAUCAAUGAUCAAUUAAGUGUAAAUUAAUUAGUUAUUGGAAUGUAAAUAUCAGGUAUAGCCUAAACUUGGAAUGAAUUUGGAACUACAAUUAAUUUUGGAUCUUAAUAAUUUAGUGGGUUUAUUAAUGAAAAAAAACUUAAAUGUGGAAGAGUUUAUCUCUUUAACAUUAAAGAAAUCAAUUAAAAAGAGAAAAUUGCCAUUUGUGAUUUUGAAUAAAGAGAUGUUUAAUUAUAAAAUAAGAAAUAAAUCUCUAAAUAUCUACUCACUCCUGGGAAUAUUUGGAAAUGCAAUAAUGUAAAAUCUAUUACAGGUGGAUAAAUUGUUAAACUCAAUAAAUUUGGUGUAUUAGGAUAUAUAUUCUAAGAUUAUUAAGUUGAACAAGAUAAAAAUAUAUUAUGUAGAAUAAUUGGAUUUGAUGAACCUUCUAGAUAAAUCUACCUCUCAAGUAAAUAAGAACAUUUAGAUAAUACUAUUUACAUUUCUCCAUAUUAAGUUGGUUAAUAAUAUUAAGGAGUUGUCAUUAAUCAACAAUUAUAUUCUGGAUCUUAUCUUGUUAAUGCUAUAUUAAAUGAUGAUUAAGUAUAGACAAAAAAAAGCAAGAAAGCUCAAAAAGCUAAAUAGCCUAAUUUAGGACCUAUUUGUAUGUUAAACAAAACUUAGAUUCCUGCUGAUUAGGAGAUUAUUGAUCACAUCUAAAGAACUUGCAUUAUAAAAGAAAUAAAUUAUUUUGAUCAUGUUGGUUUUGUAUCUUUUGAAGUCAAUUCAUAACCUAAAUUAAGUGAUUUAAAUGUAGGUGCUAUUGUUAAAGGUGUAGUUAAGUAAAUUUUAAUGAAAGAGGAUUCAUACAGUGUAUUAUUAAAUAUAAAUGAAAAUUUUCAUGCUAUAUUACCAUCUAUCUAGAUGUCAGAUUAUCCUUUGACUAAUCCACCUAAAUUUAGAAUAGGUAGCAAAAUAAGAGUCAGAAUUUUGUAAAUUGAUGAAUAACAUAAUAAUAUCAUAGUAACUAUGAAACCUACAUUAUUAACUGAUAUUAAAGUAUUUAAAACUUUAGAUGAAGUUAAUGUAGGUGAUACAUUAUAUGGAUUUACAAUUAAGAAAUUAGAAAAUGGAAUUCUAGUUAAAUUCUUUUAGAAUAUUGUUGGAUUUCUGUCUAAUUUGAGUCUCGAUGGAUAAAGCCCUGAUGAUAUUAAAGAUGGUUAAAUAAUUAAAGUAUAUGUUAAGUACAUAAAUUAAAGUGAAAAUAAAUUGUUACUCUCUUUAAAAAAAAUAGAUCCAAAAUAGAAAUAAAUUAAUGAAGGAUAAAAUUAAAAUGUUUUAUUAACAAAGAAUGUUAAAACUAAAUUAAGUUUAGGAGAGAAAGUUUAAUGUGUUGUUAGUGCAAUAAAGAAUAAUGUUAUUUAUGUGAAUCUUAAAGAUGGAAAAUUUGGUAGAAUUCAUAAGGCUUUCUUUGAAUGUUAUAGAAAUGAGGAUAGAUUAUUUAAAUUACAAAGUGAAUUCGAAAAUUUAAAUGUAGGUUCUCAAUUAACUGCUUAAAUUAUAGGAGAAAACAAAGAAAAUAAUAAAUAAAUAUUUGAUUUGACUUGUUUAUCAGAUCAUAUUGAAUUAGAAAAAGAUAUUUAGAAAGAUAGUAAUAAAAUUGUUUAUGGUAUUAUAAAACAUAUUAAGAGUGACACAAAAUCACCAUUAGUUGUUUAAAUCUAUUAUAAUUAUAAUAUUUUUAUUGAUGGUUGGGAUAUAAAUGUUGAAAAUCCAGAAAUUUUAAAUAAUUUAGAAUCAUAAAUCCAAUAAGGACAUCCAGUUAAAGUAAAAUUAUAUGAAUUUGACAAAUAAUUGAAAGGUAUUAUAAUUACUGAAGAGGAUCAAUUACAAUAAUAAUUAUAGAAUAUAAAUGAAAUUCUAUAUACAAAGUAAAUCUAUAGAAUUCUAAGUCAUCAUGAUUCAUAUAUAAGAGUGUAAUUAAAAAAUAGAUAAUUUGCAUCUAUUGAUAUAACAGAGUUAUAAGAAUUAUGGGAAUUAAAUUUAUUUGAAUAAUUUCCAGUAGGAAAGUGGGGAGUUUGUAGAAUAAUAGGAAAAGAUAAAGUUUAUUGGGCUAGUGCCAGAGAAACAUUUCUAAAUGAUAAAUUAUGGAAUAAAUGUUUACAUCCUGUUAAAAGUAAUACAAUUUCUUAUUAAAAAAUGAUACUAUCUCUAAAAUAUGAUGUUAGAACAUAAUUAUACAAAAAAACUCCUUUGUCUGUAGGUUAAGUGGUUAUGGGAUAUGUUACAGGAAGUACACAUAAUGGUACUUUUGUUAAAUUAAAUUAUGAAACAACUUGUUUAAUAAGAGGUUUCAAAACUGAUAUUAAAUAUAGACCAAUAGUUUUAAUGAUUACUCAAUUAGAUAAAUUAUAAGGAACAGUAGAUUUGAAUUUGCUUAAAUAUAAAUUAGAUGAAAAAUAAAUAAGAAUUGGAGAUGUAGUAUAAGGUUUGAUUGUAAAUAUUAGAAAUGAGAAAGCAGCAGUUAAAAUUUUGGGUACUCUUCAAUAAGGAGAAUUGGAUAAGAAAGAUGCUGAAGGAUUGGAAGGUGAAGAUGGAUGGUGGGCAAAUAAACUAUUUAAGAUUGGAUAGUAAAUAUAAUGUUUGGUGAUUGGAUAAAGACAGAAUAAAAAUAAUUAGACAGUUCUAAGAUUAAGCAAUAUAUAAGAAUUGAUUAAUACUGAAGGGAAGAGAAAAAUUGAAUUAGGAGAUAUUCAAUAAGAUGUUAUAGAUUUGUAUGAGAGUUUUGAAGAAAUGGUUAAAUAACAUUAAAUUAAAAAUAAUGUUAUAGUAGAAUAAUAGAAUUAAAUAAAAGGAAUUGAAGAGGAAAUCUAAUAAGAUGUAAAUGAAGGAGAAGAUAACGAAGAAGAUGAGGAUGAAGCAGAAGCAGAAGAGGAAUAAAAUCAUAAAGAUUAAGAGAUAGAAGAAGAAAAUGAUUAAGAAGAAAUUAGAGAAGAAGUACAAAAUUUAGAAUCAAGAGCUGAAUAUGAGAAGUAAUAUUAAUUUUAUUAUGAUUUAGGAAAAUAUUAACAAAUCCUAAUUCAUCUGUGAUUUGGAUUGAAUUUGUGGCUUAUGUUGCUGAAAAUGAAGGUAUUGAGAGUGCUAGAAAUGUUAUUGAAAGAGCAUUAAGAGUUAUCAAUUUCAGUAAUGAAUUAGAAAGAUUGAAUUUAUGGACAGCAUAUUUAAAUUUGGAAUUCAAUUUUGGAUCUGAAGAUAAUUUAAUUAGUGUCUUUAAGAGAGGCUGUUAAAAUUGUGAUGGAAAGAAACUUCAUAUAAAAUUAAUUAAUAUUUACAGAAAGGCAGAAAAGGUUGAUCUAACAGUUGAAUUGUCAAGAGUAUAUAUAAAUGUAUAUAAUCUUUAUAGUCUUUUGUUUAAAAGUACAAAUAAAGUUGUAAGAGUUGGAUGGAAUUUCUGUAAAGUUUGAUGGAAUGGUAGAAAGUACACGAUGAUGAAAAUCCUUAAUAUUCAUUUAAGGAUACAUUGAAUAGAGCUAUGUAGUGUUUGAAAAAAGUAAAACAAGUAAAACUCUUAGCCUUUUAUGGACGAUUAUAAUUUUAGAAUAAUUAAAUUGAAGAAGGAAAAACUACAUAUGAAACUAUUUUGGAUAAAAAUUCUACAAGGUAUUUUAAUUGAAUAAUAAUUAGAACUGAUAUAUGGUCAUAAUAUUUAGAUUUAGUGAUUAAAUAUUGUUAACCUGAUGUGGUUAGAUCAAUAUUUUAAAAGGCUAUUCAUAAUAAUAAGAAACCUAGAAAGAUCAAAUUUUUAUUUAAGAAAUAAUUAGAAUAUGAAAACUAAUAUGGAGAUAGUGCAACCAUAUAGAAAGUCAAGGAGUAGGCAGAACAAUGGGUUUCAUAAUUUAUGUAAAGGGAUGUAUAACAGGAAGAUGAAGAGGAUUCAGAUUGAUUUAGU